AUGGCUGGAAUAGUAUCCGCUGCUCCUGUUUCACUGGUGGAGAUUAAGGAGCAGGCUUCGAAGCCUGCGAAGUCUGCGCAGAAUGAAAAGGGAAAGGAUAAGACGCAGAAGGCGAACGAGCAGCGCCUGGGGAUCCGGGACCCGAUCAUCUCCAAAAAGCAGGGGUCGUUGCAAAAGGGCUCCGGUAAGACUGACGGGAAGCUCCAGCUUUCGAAAUCCACCGAGUCUUUGGCGACGACAGAUCCUAUGAAAGGUGCCGCUUUGUCGGAUAUUUUGGCGUCGGAUGUUUCGGAGAUGGACACAAAAUUCGCCGUCACAGCUGCUGCCGAGCCUGCCGAUAGUGAUAAGGUUGAGUCGGAUUGCUUGGAGCGGCUACCACAUGGCAACUCUGCGUCUGCGAGUAGUCCGGCGAGGGAAGGGACAGCAGAAGUUCAAGGGAAAGACGCAGCGUUAGCAGCAGCAGCAGACGACCUUGAAAACUGUGACAUUUCCUCUUGGCCGGAUUUCUCGCUGGAUUCAUUCGACGGCGGGGAGAUAGAUGAGCUGGACAUGGCAGGUUCGCUCAUUUUGCCGGAGCUCGAGGAAAUGUCUCAGAAGGACCAAUCGCAAGCAGAGCCGGAAGCCAGUGCCGAUACACGUCCGUCGACGUCCUCCAAGAGUGUUCAGCAGAGCGAGCAGUACGAGUCGUCCUGCAAGAGCGGAAGCAAGACUUCCACGGGAAAGAAAAAGGCUAAGGUUGACUGGACACCGGAGCUUCACAGAAGAUUCGUCCUCGCGGUAGAGCAACUGGGAGUUGAGAAGGCCAUUCCAUCUAGGAUCUUGGAGCUUAUGGGAGUGAAAUGCCUCACCCGGCACAACAUCGCCAGCCACUUGCAAAAGUACCGCUCGCACCGGCGGCAUCUCGCCGCUCGCGAAGCCGAGGCCGCGAACUGGCACAGCAGAAAACCGUCCGAUGGAAUGGUCUGGCCUGGUCAGGCAACAGCAGCACCAGCAGCAGCAGCCCCUACUUCAUGGGCUUAUCCUACUACUGCGCCUGCUCCUAGCGGAACGCAGUCCAAUCCGCCGAUGAUUCAGCCCCGACCCGUGGUCGGUGUGCCGCCGUAUCAGCCGUAUCAGAUGGCUCAGUCGCACAUGCCGAUGGCGCAUCACCAGCCGUCGAUGGCGCCGAACCCUGCGCCCGCGAUGGGCAUGCCGAUGCACGUGUGGGGUCAUCCGACCGUGGACCACUCGCGGUCGCACAUGUGGCAGCAGCCGCAGCACCAGGCUGCGCCGUCUCCUUACCCUCCUCCCGCGUGGUUCGCUCCCGACGGCUCAGUCUGGCACUACGCUGGGGUGCAGGCUCCGUCGCCUGCGAUGGACGCGUGGGGCCAUCCCACCAUGAUGGUCUCCGGAACGCCCUGCUACCCCCAUCAGCAAGCGCCCGCACUCAGCUACCCUGUGGCACAGGGCGUGGUGUGCGGAGCUCCUGUGUGCGGACCGGCAGGAAUGACCCACGGCGCCAUGCCAGGCAUGCAGUCCUCCAUGGGCGUACCCGCUCAGGGUUCAGUCGCCAUGGGCGCCCCUCCCGCCGGUGCCAUGCCCGGGACGAUGCCCACGACCGGAACCGUGAACGGGACAGUGAGCGGUACUAUGGGAGGAACGAUGGGAGGGGCGGUGGGCGGAAUGGCGCCGGUUCCAGUGUCUGAGCCAGCGGACAUUGCGGACGAGGCGAUGCCGAACCCCAUGUUCCCCCUCCCGGAUGACAUUACUUUGGACUUCGCUGCCAUCACCGCCAGCCUCGGGGAGGACCUCAUUGAGGCCAAUGACAUCCUGGAUGCGGCGAUCAGCGAAGCCCUAACCAAUCCGUCGACACCAAUGCCGCUGGGCCUGAAGCCGCCGUCAGUGGAUGGCGUGCUGGAGGAGCUCAACAAGCAGGGCAUCACCAUGCCGCCCGCCACCCCCGAGGCUCUAGACGCCCUCCCUGCUGCUGAAGUGGCCGCCGUUGCUUCCGAGCUGGAAGCCAUUCUGGAGCCUGCAGCGAUGGCCGCGUAUCAGCCGCUGCAGCUCGCUGCCGAGCAAGACGACCGUCCGGAAUUCGUUCGCUUAGGGAGACGCAAGUCCGACAUUCGCCAACGGCUAACUCCCGGACCCACCCCUCUCCCGAGCAACGUCUCCCCGUUCGUCACCUUCCCGGACUCCACCCCCCGACCGUCUGGGCCAGGCUUGGGCCAAGCCUCGGGUACAGGCCCGGAGACCGGGUUCGGCAUGGAUAUGGGGGACUAUUCUGGCGGUCUGAGGGGUGCUGAUCAGGGUUCUGUCACACCACCACCAGUACCUCUGGCUCGCCUCACCCCCCGUGAUUGUCACACCACCACCACCACCGCUGUCCCCGUGUCACGUGUGCAGGAGGCCCCAGUGGACUUUGAGGAUCGCGGAGAGGAGGUGUACGAGCGGUUUCAAGGCGUGCUGGCCGCUGCUGUAAGAGGUGUGGUGGGCUAUCGCGAAUCCCUGAGGCAGUUGGAGCAGUGCUGCAGGGAGCUGGCGGUGGGGCUGAGGGCGGACGCGGGGGAGAGCGUGCAGCCCGCCCAGGAGCACGUGCUCAGCCGGAAGAGCGAGGGGCUCCAAUCAGAGGCUGCCACGUGGGCGCUCAUGCACCACCUGUUCGGAUAUGACACGGACUACCUCACGGAAGACCUGCGUCUGCAUCCGUCCCCGUCAGCACAGGACACGUGCGACUUCCUGUCGACCAAUGAGAACGCGCAGCACAGCUGGCGGGUGCUGAGGUGGCUGGAAGGGCUGGCAGAGUCAGACCUCAUGCUGCUGCAGGCGGAGCGAGGCACCUGCCUGGGAAGCUACACAGAAGCGUCUGGCCUGCGUGUGCACACACAGAGGGCGAUCCGCGAGGGGCAGGGGGGGCUGGGCGGGAUUGUGGGGCUGGGCGGCAGGAGGAUCAACGCCCUGGCGUUUGGUGAGGUGGUGGAGGGUCGGUAUGGCCGGGGAGGGGGGGAGGAGAUGGUGACGGCUGUUGAUGCUGAUGCGGUAACUCGCGAGGGGGGGCGCCUGCAUGCAGAGGAUGAGCGAGUGGAGGAGGAGUUGCUAUCAGACGUCUUCACGCUCAUCACUGCCGGCCGCAUCCACGACGCCCUCAACCUCUGCCGGGCGGCAGGGCAGACCUGGCGGCCGGCAGUCCUCGGCGGGACAUGGGCCGCGCCGCCCAGCGCGGGGGCGGCAGGGGAGAGCUUCCCCACAGCCGCCACGUGGCGCGAGAUGAGUGGAGGGGCGAGGCGGGCGGCACAGGCGGGGGAGGUGGAGGGGGGGAAGGGGAGGGGCAGGAGGCUGUGGAAGUGGUCGCUGCUGGUGGCGUCUGAAGCUUCUGCCAGUCGGUUUGAGGCGGCUGUGCUGGGAGCGCUGUGUGGCAAUGUGAAGCGGAUACUGCCAGUUUGCACGUCAUGGGAGACGGCCUGCUGGGCAUUGCUGCGCUGCUGGCUCGACUACCAGGUCGAAGCUCACCUCUCCGCCUCCUCCUCCUCGCCCCUCCCCCGCGCCCUCCCUUCCGUCUCUGCCGCUGCCACUCGUGCUCUCGCUUCCAUCUCCCCUGCGCCCUUCCUCUCCUCCUCCUCUGCCGCCUCUGCUCUUGCCGCUACAACCAUGCCUCUACCACCAUCUUCUUCGUCAUCAGCAGCAGCAGCGGCAGCGUCGGCUGCGGCGGCGGUGUCAACAGCAGCGGGAGCGGCAGUGUGGCCGGCACCAGUGGCAGCACAGCAACCAGCCGACUUCGACGAUCUCUUUCAGAAGCUCAGGACCAGCCCCUCUCUCUCAGACGCCGUCAAGCGCAGUAGCAGCGAGCCACACCACGUGCUGCAGACGCACCUCAUUCUCAGGAACGUCCCAGGAACCAUCCAGGCGCUGCGAUCGUGGAUCAUUCCCUCCGUGGCUCCCUCAGGAUUGGCCGCUUCUCUGGGCGGCAGUUUGGAGAACGACUCUGACCCUGCAUUGGUGCGGUGUGGCGCCCAUCUGGUGGUGCUGCUGCGCUCCGUGCUCCCCGCUGCUGCUCACCAGCAGUACAGGGACUGGCUCAACACAUCAGGGGACGUCAUCUUAUACACUACAGGGACUGGCUCAACACAUCAGGGGACGUCAUCUUAUACACCUACUGUGUGCUGCUGGCAGCGCAGCGAAGGGACCAUCUCACGCCGCUCUAACGCUUCGCUUCUCCUCACGCCCUCCCUCGCCUCUGACUUCUUUCUUCAACUCUUCGAACAGCGCAAAACAGACAGUGUGGAGGCAAAGAGGCGGACAGUGGAGGCGCUGUGUCUGCACCUUCCUCUCUCCGGCCCUGACUCAGUCCCCACCAUGCUGCACAGGUUUCUCUCCAAGUGCUCCCAUUGGUCGGAUCCAGGGGUCCUGCCGGCCUCUGAUUGGCCGAGAGCGGUGCUGGCGGAUCUGAGGGGACAGGUGGCGGCGUUUGAGUGGGCUGUGACGGACCCCACUGCCCCGGCGACAGUGGGCAGUGCGGAGUGGGGCAGGGAGAGGAGGAAGAUGCAGCGACUGGCCCUGCAGCACGGGAACCUUCUGCUGCGCGCCAUGCUCCUGGCGGCACAUGCAGAGGGCGGCAGCAGCAGCGGCAGCCCGUCCAGCCAAUCAGGGCGCUCCAUUGCUGCGCUGCUGGCAGACACAGUGGCAGGCAUUCACGCAGAGAGGGAGGCAAAGCGAGGCGAGAAGGGCGAGGGGCAAGAGGAGCAAGAGGAGCAGGGUUUAGAUGAGGAGGAAGAGGAGAGCGUGGAGCUGAGCGAGUUUGAUUUCUGGGUACGGCCUCUCCUCAUUUCCCCAAUGCCCCUCCGGUUGCUUGUAUGUUGUGACAUCCCUCCCAUUCCCAUCGUCCCCCCCUUCACUCAUCACCUCUACUCCCCAUUUCUCGCUCUCCACGACCCGUCCCAUUGGUCUAGGUGGAUUACAAUCGCUGCUGACGUGGCGUACCGUGGUUGGGCAACGGCGGCAGCAGCAGCGGCGGCACGCAAGGAGGAGCGGGAGCGGAGCGAGCAGGGAGGGGUUCAGAUGGGGGGCACAGGGCAGGAGGAGGGGGAAGCAGAGAGGGAGAAGGAACGAGCAGACCUCUUAUCGCUUGCCAGUCGCGCUGUCUCUAUUGGCAUGCAGCUGCUGCAGAGUAUGCCCUUCCAUUCUCUCUCUACUUCCUAUCUCCCUCCUUCCCUGCUCUCCUCUUCCCCUCUCUCCUCACCUUCUUGCAAUUACCUGCUGGCUCUAGCCAGUUGCGUUGUCUCUAUUGGCAUGCAGCUGCUGCAGCGAGACGCUUCUCUGUGUGCCGCCAUGCAUUCGGCGCUCAUGGCAUGCUUGGGGGAGCGAGAGGCAGAGGCACGGCAAGUCAGGGUUGACGUGGCAGUGCAUCCCUCCGAUUCGCGCCUGCUCACGCUCGCCAUCCGCUGCCUGGCCGCAGGAGGGGACGAGGAAGAGGCGAGUGUGGAUGUGGAGAGCCCUGCUGUUUGUAUCAUGGCCCGUGUUGUCAAAGCCGAGUUGCCUCACAUGGACCCUGCUGCUCGAAUGCAUGUGGUGCGCUGUGCUGCCUUCACGACCCAACCUACCCGCCACCCAAGCUUCUCCCGGACCACCGUGGACAGCUUUGGCACUGUUGCAGCAGCGGAGGCUCGGGGUGCCGAGCCUGCGCCGUGGCUCAUGCGCCAGCUGUGCCGAGUGUGCUGCCUUCCUACACUUGCAUUGCGCUGCCAGGAGGUGCGGGUGUUUAUGGCGCAGCAGCUGGAGCCAUCAGUGCAUGUGGACCCCGCAGCGGCAGGGGAGGUCAUGGAGGCAACUGAUGUGGCCGCUCUGCUGGCCCAGGGCACGCUGCAUCAACUCUUCACACCACAGCAGCUCCAGAAAUUGCUACUUAUGGAAAGGGAGGUCGUUCUCAGCUCCAUCAACCAAGGGUACGCUACGAACGAUUCGAGCAGAAUUGCGAGCACGAAAAGCACCAGCGACAGUGCCGCUGGCAACGGCAUUGACACGUCAUCAGGCAACGACUCAUCCGCGAAUAGCGAUCCCAACAAUACUGCGAAUAACAUGCCUCAUCUGCCGCCCGUCGCUGACGUCACAAUGCCGUCCGUCAACGUUAACGUGAACGUCGACAAUCCGCUCGCUAACUUGGACGCGUUGAAAGGGCCCACCAGCAGCGGAGGCGGCAACGGCAAUGGCGGGGGCGGGAACGGGAGCGGGGGAAGCGGAGCAAGCGCCGCGCACGUGGUUAGCGAUACGAUGCAGUGGCUCCUCAAUCACCGCGGAUUGGCGGAAGAAAACCGCGGGCUGGCGGAGAGGAGGUUGGCGGAGCGGAGCCAAAGAUCUGGGGAGCGGAACCGUCUGCUGGCGGAGCAGCGCCGAGAGGCGGACGACAGCGCCAAGUACUAUCUCAGCCGUUCGAUCACGGUGAACGGAUCGUGCGGCGCAGGUUUGACGCUGCAAAUCGACGACGCGACGAUCUACGGCCCCAAAACUGCAGAGGGUUAUCCCGAACCGUCGCCGUACAUUAACGAGGAUAAAAUCGGCGUAGCGAGUAACGGCAUGUUUCGGUUCAUAGGGAUAACGGGGCUGGUCAUACGCGGUAGUGGCAGCCUCGACGGCAACGGCGAGGGGUACUGGGAUACCGAGUCGCACGACCGGCCGCACCUGCUGUCGCUGAUCAACUGCCGCGAGGUCAUUCUUGACGGCGUGGCGCUGCGGUGA